UAGGUGAUUAUUUUUGAGUUGUCUUUCAGUAUACCGCGACAAAUGGCAACACAAGCACACGCAUCGGCAGAAGGAUUUUGUUUGUGCCAUUUAAAGUGCGUCUGGCAUAUGGUCGGAAAAGUUGGGAUCUAUUUAGGCUAUUACAAUGCGGGUUAUGUGGAGCUGGAACAACGUUUCACUGGCGACGAACAAUUGUAUGUUCACGUUAUGGCAUUGUUCAAUUUUUUUGCCAGUUUGAUAUAUUUAUGGUUAAGUCAAGGUUGGAUCUAUGAUCGAUUAAUAUUCCUACUUUAUGUGCCACUGUAUAUAUACUUUUUGUUGCUAAGAAAGCAUCUGGUCAAUUUGCUCAAUGAAUGCGUUCAGAUACACAGGACAAUGGAAAGAAUAUUGGGCAAUUGGAUGUGUGUAAAAAUACCCAAAGAGUGUCUAUAUAGCCUUAUGUUGAUAAUACAAACGGUUCUCCUUGUGGGCUGGCAAAUGAGAAUGUAUUAUGCCUAUCAGAUGUGUUUCAUAGUUGGAGUGGCCAUAAUUUAUCACCUGGAGAUGCUUUUUCUUGGCAAUUACUUAAUCUGGUUGGGUUGUGUCUACCGUUCAUCAUAUGUAUUUCUCAGAAGACAUAUGACUGUCCAUAGGCAUGGCAUUCUAAAGGGUGUAUUGCGGCAACAGAUACAAAUUUCGAAAGUGCAUGGAAUUGUUAUGCGUUACUUUUCGGUGCAUUUGCUAAGUUUUAUUGGAUUGGUUGGCGGACGAAUCAUGAAUAUAAUGGCCGAUCUUGUUGCCAAUGAGAAACUGAAUAUUGAUCGUUUAAAUUUGAUCAAUUUGAUAACACAAAGUCUUCAUUUGGCAUUAAUAUUGAUAAUUGCCCAUAAUGCCCAGAGACAAUAUGAGAAAUUUUUAAAAUACUUCCUAUUGCUCAAAGAUAAUGAGAAAUACUUUCAAUUAAAAACCUGGCGUCUAAUAAAGAAUCAAACAUUGCCCAUGCCCUUUGGGUUGCCUCUAAUGCGCAUACCCAAGCAAUGGAAACGAAACAGAGAUGUGAUAGCCGUUUUGGUUUCCAGCAACGUUUCUCCUCAAUACUUAAUGAAAACUUCAUUACUACUUAUCCAGUUGAAAUUCAGUAAUCAAUUUAGUUUUGAGUUUAGUCUAAAUAUGCUACUAACUAGUUUUGAAGAUUUCGAUGUGAAUGUGACCCAAACAAUUAGUCAAUUUUAUCGUUGGUAUAAUUAUGAUGAAUACCAAUCAAUAGGAUGA